CUUCUUUCCACAUAAGAUAUUUACCCUUCUCUGCACUUUCCCUUAAAAAGCGGCCCAAAUAUCUCUCACCAGUCACCACCAUUCCCUCUCUCUCUCCCUCACCCUCUCUAGGAUAUUUACACUCCACUCGCUCCGAACCUUCUACGCAAACGCAACCAAAUCACUGAUUCGAAAUUACCACCACCGCCCAUGUCCGGCCCAGCCCUCGAGACCCCAACCCUCGACUCCCAGCUUCCCUCGCUCCUGCACCAGAUAACCGAAGAAGGUGGAUACGCCUUCACCUCCAUCGCCACCCGCGCCGCUGCUGGCGACGUACGGGCCGCGGAGGCCGCCAGGGAGCUGGCCUGGGAGCAGCUCCACUCGGGGCCCUGGCACUCCGUGGUCCCCAUUUGGCGGGACGCCUACGCAAUGGCCUGCCUCAGCGUCGCCAGAUGCCAUUCCCGCUCCGGCGAGCUCGAGCAGGCUCUCCGCGCCCUCGACAUGGCGCUCAUCAUGGGCGGAUUCACGCUGCGGGAUGACUUGAAUCUGUGCAUUCGCAAAGUCACCGACGCUUUGAGGGAGAGGGAUUCCGGCGACCGCGGCGGAGGGCGGCAGCCGAAGGCCGAGUGGUAUACGGAUUUCAACUUGGCGGAGGCUGCUAGGUUAUUACCUGUGAAGUCACUUUCCUCUAAGACAGUGGUGAAAAAGUGUGGUCUGUCAUUGGAAGGAUUCUUGCGGGAACAUUUCAUCCCUGGUUCGCCAGUUAUUAUUAGUGGUUCUAUGACUCAUUGGCCGGCAACCGAUAGAUGGAGUGACAUAAAUUAUAUAAAAAAGGUUGCUGGUUUCCGUACUGUUCCAGUUGAGAUUGGAAAAAACUACUUAUCUUCAGAUUGGAAGCAAGAGCUGAUCACAAUUUCCGAGUUUCUGGAGAGGAUUGAAUCUGGUCAUUGUUCACCAACAAGCACCACUUAUUUAGCCCAGCAUCAAUUGUUUGAUCAGAUACAAGAACUAAAGCAGGAUAUUGUUAUACCUGAUUAUUGUUUUGCUGGUGGGGGAGAGAUCAGGUCACUUAAUGCUUGGUUUGGUCCACCUGGGACAGUAACACCUUUGCAUCAUGAUCCUCACCAUAAUAUACUUGCGCAGGUUGCUGGUAAAAAGUAUAUCAGGCUUUACUCUCCUUCAUUGUCAGAAGAACUUUACCCUCACACGGAGACCAUGCUCUGCAAUUCUAGUCAGGUUGAUCUGGAUGAUAUAGAUGAACAAGAGUUCCCCAAAAUAUUGGAUUUGGGAUUCAUGGAUUGCAUACUAGAGGAAGGCGAGAUGCUAUAUAUCCCUCCAAAGUGGUGGCACUAUGUUCGUUCUCUUACCAAGAGUUUUUCAGUUAGCUUUUGGUGGGGCGUUGAAGGAAAGUCUCCGGACUCAUGACUCGUGAGCACUACAUUCUGCAGGUUUACCGCCUCUCCAAUUCUUCUCAUGGCAUUUUGGUAGAAUAAAGUGUCUUGACAUAUGCAGGUGUAUAGUGCAGUUUCUAGUUGUGAAAAGGCUUCUUAUUAGUGACAACAUUUGGAAUUUGCUAUUGGGAUAUUAUAUAGAGUGCACUUGUGUUCUAUAGAAUUGCAAGCCGUAUACCGUACGUAUAGGGGGAUUACGGCACUGCCUGCCUUGUGGCAAUCUUCAUCGUAGAACUAUUAUUCCUAUAUUUUGAGUCUUAGUGAUAUAUGUUUUUCGCAGUUA